AUGGUGACGCCUUGGCUGGAUGCCAGACCAGACCCCGCCGAUCUGCCUGCGAACGAGGUGAGCCUUACCGCUGCGAUCGACGUACGGUGUUUGGACGACUACUGUCCUCAUGUCGCGUUUCUCUUCACCUGGUUUACAGACACGGGCGAUCUGGCCCAGAGCAUCAACACGGGGACGGUAUCCAGCGAGACAUGGCAGAAGGCUGCUGAGCCAGAGCCAGUGGAGCUGCCGGAGGAGGAACCUCCACCUCCUGCAGCAGAUCCGGUGCCGGCAACCGAAGAGACACAGGAAGCUGAGGAGAAGCCACGAGCUUUCAUCGAGUCACGUCGGUUCGAGAGCGCUUCGCCGACGAUGAGUUGCACAUGCGCCUUCGUUCGGGCUCUUGCGGUCCAGGCUCUUUGUAUUCAGGCCUUUAUGCCAGAUCCUGAAGCGCCCUUGCCAGAGCCAGGCUCUUUGGCAGACAUUGGCUCCCCGCCUGCGUCUGCAUCGGGAAAGAAGAAGCCAGAUCCCAAGAAGGAUGCAAAGAAAAAGAAGGAUCCAAAGGAGGUCGCAUCGAAGGAGCCCGCCGAAUCUACGGAUGGCACCCCAGCAGGGUAUGUCAAGCUGGAGGUGGUCAUACCGCUAGCUCCGCUGAUCGUGCAGAAGUGCCUACAGCAAGCAGGUCCGGCAAUCUCCGAGGAUCUGCUCGUGCAAGUACAAUGUCCGCAGAUCAAGGCCUUGCAGGUGAGUGUGCGAUGCAGUGGGCCGCUUAUGACUGCGGAGAUCAGGCAGCACCUCAAUCCGCUCUUGUUGACUUUGGGCGGCGCUCACGCCCUUCCACAGGAGCUGCAUCGCGGGCAGCAGGAGCUCGUCUAUGCUGUCGUAGAGGCCUUCGGUGAGCGUCGCAGGACGCUGGCAAAGAAGAUAGACAAGCGCCGCAAUGUGCCAUUCAAGGCCCAUUUGGUUUACUUCCUCGGCACCUGGCCUCAGCACGAGACGCGUGAGCACCUGCAGCUGGCCAAGGUGUGUGUUGAGGUGCAUGAUCGAGACAAGGGCGUCAACAGCCAGCCCAUUGUGGAGGAGCCACCGGCAGAGGAACCACCGCCAAAGAAAGGUGGCAAGGCUCCUCCGCAACCUGAGAAACCUCCGCCUGAAGCCGUUCCUCCAGGCUGGGAGCCCUCGGUGGAGGUUCGAGAGGUGUCAGAGACGUGGUGUGGCGUAGCCUGCUUCAAUCUCUCCGAACUCUUGAACCCAAGGCUAGUACAUCCUCUGCCGCUUCGUGCUGACGUCGAGCCGCAGCGUCGAAAGCAGCGAGCUUUGAGCGGUGGGCGUGGACUUCAGGUGUCCAAUGUCAUGAAAGGUGACGCAAAAGCACGUGAGCUGAUUGUGUCGACCGAAAAGCCAGUGUGCGAGCCAAUGCCGGACUACCACAGGAAGAGCACCUGGGUUCGGGUAACCGCAACCCUGGCAGAGCCAUUGGCUCCUCUGGUAGCUCCGACGAAGCCUGUGGACCAGGUUGAUGCUGUCACUCAGGAUGCGGAGGGAGCGGCCGUGGAUGCCGACCAACAGCCCGAUGGGAUCGGUGAAGAGGAGUCCCAGCCAACUCCGCCGCGGUAUGAAAGGUAUACACGGGUUGUCAUCAAGAUGGACUAUCAAAAGACGACCGUCCUGAAGUUGAUCCUUCAAGCAGUGUCCGACAAUAAUGUUCGAGCUCUGGAUCUAGAUGCUGGGCAGGCACGCACUCUUGCGAGCGUGAAACUGACAGAAGAGCAGAAGAGCCAGGACUUGGACAUCAUCACAGGCUUCAUUGUCAUGGACAGGCGCUGCCGGAUCAUCGUGGCAGAAUGUCUUCGUGAGGGCAACGCCUUGGGCAAGCUACUGGAGGUGUUGCCUGAAGAAAGCACUCCCAAGUUGAUGGUCCUGUUCAACCCAGAUCUCGGGUUUAGCCAACGGCUUUAUACCGACUUCAAUCUCGUCCUCAAGCAGGUGAAGCUGCGUCAGCCGACGAUCGAAGGCCUCACAAUGCGACCAGCGCUUUGCCUUGCUGGACGCAGUGAUGCUGCAGUCAGCCGCGGGUUGAAUCAGCUCAUGGAGAUCAAGAGAGCAGAUCGCAUCCACGUCUUGAAGCUGAUGGGAUCCUUCCCCACACUGAAGAUCAUCGAAGACAUCGAGACACAGUACGGCGACUUCGUCCACGAAAAGGAACUCCAUGGCGGCUGCGUUGAAGAAACCAGGUCCGCCCACUCGAAGAUGACCGGGCGCACGGGCCGUUCCAGCAACCACUCGGGUGGCAAGCACUCUGGCGGGGGCACAGCGGAAGAGGUGGACAUGGACAGGGAGAGCGAGCAUGACGGGCAGGGCUCGAUGAUCGAGGAGGUGCAUGUACGGAAUGCCAAGAUCGUUCUGAAGCACAAGCUCACCACGACAAACCAAACUUACCAAAGGAUUCUCCAGACUCGCGCUGAAGAGCCGCCGACCGACAUGAUCAGCACCAACAAGAAGGUUGUCCAAGAGAUGAGCCGGCACGUCAAGGCGGUGAGCGGCGAGCGGAAGGUUGGUCCGCGGAAGGAGGUAGACAAAUCCUUCCUGGAGCCUUCAGAGGUCGUUUACAUCUACUCGGGCCAAGCCAAGAACACAGCGGAAAAGCAAAAGAAGGCUAUCCGAGCCAAGAUGGUGGGCAAGGAAGGCGACAAUCUUUGGACCUAUUCAGCAGAGCGAAACUCUGGCUGCUUUCCGCUCUUGGAGAAGGAGGUGCAGUUAGACAGGAUGUUGCGGGAAGAGAUCCCGCAGGAGGAUGACCGUAAGCCCUUCAAGUAUCCAAGCCCUCGCGAGGUCGCAGACUACCGACGAAUGCCAAACCAGGUGUCAGAUGCCAGGAAGGAAGACUUGAAGGCCAAAUGGAUCGAGAACCAAUACCACCCGGAGAUGGCCAACAAGGAGAUCGUUCGUGGGGCCUUUGAUGCACAAUCUCUGGGCGUAGGCGGAGCCCAUGUUCUUGAUCUCCGACGCCCUUGUCUAUUCGAGGCUACCACACCAGCUGAAAAGCAGGUCAGCCCGCCGCCCAUGAAGUACAAGGCCCGCAAUGUGAUGGGCCUGGAAAGUGCGGUUGACAAGCACCACAGGAGCAUCCGAGAUGGAGAGCCGGAAAAGCUAGGCUUGCGGUUUGCAGAGCGCCGCCCUCCACGGGCCAUUCGAAGGAAGUUCGGUCACAAUGAGAAGUUGACAGAGCGCCUGGAGGUCGCGAACCCCCCCAUCUCCUACCAGCAGGACGAAGAAUAUCGCGAGGACAAGGGCACUUGCGAGUCCCUGUCGGACUUCAUGAAUGCCGUUCGAAGGCCUGUUGAGCUACACGAAAAGCGCUCAGAGUGGGACCAUUCCCAGCAUCUCAACUCUUUGAGGGGAAGGCAGAGCCAGACUCGAGCAUGGCAGGACGCCACGCGGAAGAUCCCUCGGCAGAUCUCAUUCGAUCCGCAGGGUGCGCUGACCGAACGUGGAUCGUUGAGGGGGCAGGAGGGUGGCACUUCAUGGAAUCAAAUGCGGCAGGUAUCAUGGAAGCCGGACUCAGACAUGGAUAUUCCGGAUUCAGAUCGCGGUCGUGGCUGGAAUUCUAUGCGCCAGGUUUCCUGGGCUCCCUCGGACAUGACGGGAUCAGGGGCGCAGCAGCCGCUCUCCGCCAGAUGA